AUGGACAUUUAUGAUCCUAACGCUGGUGGUUCUAUUUUAGUAUACGAAGCAAGUGAAGAUGAUACAAACGCAGCAGUGGCGGCCGCUAAAGCUGCCUUCCCAGCGUGGUCUGCCCUCUCCCCGGUCGAGAGAGGAAGCUACUUGAAGAAACUGGCGGAAUUGAUGCUGGAAUCUCAUGAUGAACUUUCCCAACUGGAGGCUCUGUCAAUGGGUCGACCUGUCUCGACGUAUUUUGAAUCCAUUGUGGUCGCAGAAGCAUUCAAUCAUUAUGCGGAAGCUGGUUUCCAGGUCCUGGGUACAUCGAGUUUGAAUACUCCUGGCUUUAUGAAUAUGACCAUUCGCCAACCCUAUGGUGUUGUUGCUGUCAUCAUUCCUUGGAAUGUUCCACUUUUGUUUCUCGGCGACAAGGCGGCGCCUGCGCUGAUUGCAGGAAACACAGUAGUCAUCAAAAGCAGCGAGAAGGCUCCAUUGACAUCUGCCAAAUUUGCGGCACUCGUGGAAAAAGCCGGUUUUCCCCCGGGCGUGAUCAACAUUAUUUCAGGACAUGGUCAGACCUCGGGGAACGUCCUAUCCCAUCACAUGGAUGUUCGUGCGCUGAGUUUUACAGGCUCAGCAAGGACAGGGCGUUUAAUCCAAGAGGCAGCCUCCAGAUCAAACCUGAAGAAUGUCGUCCUGGAACUAGGAGGGAAAUCACCCGCGAUUAUCUUUCCAGACGCUGAUAUCGAACAGGCGGUUGAGGAGACGGAACACAGCAUUCAACGAAAUAGCGGUCAAGUUUGUAUGGCAAACUCUAGAAUCUACGUCCACGAAUCCAUCGCAUCCACCUUCAUCGAAUUGUUCAACAAGAAGUUUGCUGCUGUGACAAUGGGUGACCCUCUUUUUCCAAGCACGACACAUGGCCCACAAGCAGACGGGAUACAAUUUAAACAAGUACAGGCUUAUAUCGAGGAAGGCAAGAAAUCAGGCAAGUUAGCCUUGGGAACAGAAUCCACAGAGCAAAAAAACGGGUUCUUUAUUCGUCCGACAGUGUUUCUUGAGACACCGGAGAGUGCAAGAGUGAUGAAGGAGGAGAUAUUUGGGCCAGUGGUGCACAUUAACACUUUUAAAGAGGAGGAAGAGGUUAUAAGCAAGGCAAAUGACACCGAAUUUGGCCUCUACGCUGCGGUCUACACAAAUGAUAUUAGCCGCGCUAUUAGAAUGGCAAAGAGAUUAGAGGCGGGAACGGUUGGGGUGAAUUGCACCAGCCCUACUGGGGCCCGUGAUAUGCCUUUUGGGGGUUACAAGGCUAGUGGAAUCGGUCGAGAGGGUUGGACUGUUAGCAUUGAGAACUACCUGGAGGUUAAAAGUGUUCUAAUUAAGGUUAAAGACGCGUGA